GUUCGAAGCUGCCAAGUCGAGGAGCGUCCUCACCGCCCAAGAUGAAGCUCCCCACGGCGGAGAUGAACCCCGACAGGAAGGAGUUGAAAGGGAAGGUGCCGACGCCGAGGCAGUAGCCGAACUGCAGCGCUCCCGUGAGCAUGACGUAGAGCAGGUAGGCGUCCAGCACCUUCAGGCGGCUCGGCGUUCCGCUGCUGUACUCGGCUAGGAAGCGCCGCACUACCGAGCCCACCGAGCUCGCUCCGGCCCCGGACGACCCAGAAGCUGCGCCUGACAUAGCGACGGAGAGGGUUUCGCACAACUUGAAUUAAAGAAAAAAUAAAAAUGAGGUGGCCGGAAGCGGGUAAACGCUUCCCGUGUCAGUAUGGGGCAAAGCGCAUGCGCAGAGACGGUAUAGUCCCUACUACGCAUGCGUGUUGUGCAUUUCGGUUGCCGAAAGGGCAAUUCUAGAAUGGGCUGAUUCGUGCGCAUGCGUUGUGCAUGAGCGGCUGCAAGAGGGCAGCGCAGGCGCACAAUCGGAUUGGAAACCUUUUCCUGGUAGGCGCUGUCUAUUGCGCAUGUGUAGUACACUCAUCCUUACACAUAAGCUUUUGGUUCAAGGGAGAAGUUAAAAGAAAACAAGUCUUAAAUUUAAAAAAAUGAAAAGAGCAAAACUAGCAGCAGUAGUAUGCUAUUAAGGGUCUAUUAAUAUGAGCUGCAGGCAUCCGAUUUAAGGAGAGAAUUCAAUGCGCAUGCGUUUGUUCAACUGGCAGUUAAGAGAGGGUGUCAUAGGUUACAUGGCAUGUUAUUGCGCAUGCGCAAUCAGAACUCUCUGCUUCCAGCCUCACGGUAACGAAAGUAAACAGUCUUGGCUUUGCAAGCUGCAGCUUGAAAGGAAGGCGCUUUGCACACCAUUAUAGCUUCCCAUUCCAUAGCAUGCCGCUUUCCACCCCAUAAUUAAACCCUCAAACUACUAACAGCAAAGACUACCCAAUACCAUUACAAAUGCCCUAUGCGGCCAUUUCGAAAUUACCUUAGAAUUCGUGGUGGAUGGAAGUAGCAGCCCUUAACUGAAAAAGAGGCAAUGCCCCUCUGCUUGUGUUCAGAAACUCUCCCGGCCAACAACCCUGAGAACCAUUUUUUAAUGAUGAGCCGGGAAAGAAUAGUGGACAUUUGAUAAAUGCAGAAUACAAUAAUUUGCUAAUGUCGCAUCAUAAGGGAUGAAAGAAAAAAAUGAUUUCAAUAAACGAAUGCAUGCAAGAAAGCAUUGACACCGAAAACUAGUCCGGGGGUGCAGGAUCGUAGACUGUCCUUUUUCCUCCUAACUGGGACCCACACUACGGACGCUUUUCCCUCCCAACACUUGCAAGUUCUCUUUUCGCUAUUGCACAGAAAAAACUCCCCAUUAUUUCCCCCUUUUUCUAAUCCUGCCCCUCCUCCCUGCAGCCAUCAAUCACCCCCGCUAGACUCCUCCCCUCUUUAUGAUGCCUCCGCCCACAUCAGGGGGGAAAGAGCCCGCCCUCUUGUUCUCUCUUUCACUCCAAUCUACCCGGCAAGCGGAGGGAGUCCAGGGAGGGCUGCUGCGCUCUCUUUUGGAGAAUCCCUCCCGCCCCCCUUAUAUAACCCAGCAGGAAGGUUAUACAACUGGCCUCACCCACACCUCCCCGCCAACCCCAAGCCAUUCAUAAAAUAUGAACCACGCCCCCAAGUUCUAGUUCCACCCCUUCCUUACGCACGCCUUUCCUCACCAGCUGUUGUGAUGUUUUCCUUCUUGGGAAGUAAUGGAGGAAGACCUUGAGCAGUCGUGAGUUCACUGUGGGAUAUUUCCGGGUCGCGGAGCCACUCAGUCAUAGAUUAAUUUAAUUUUGCUGCUUUAAUACAGAUCCUGGUUCUGGAGGGAAGGGGAGAGGGGAUUAAGGUUUGAAACGGGGUGGUUGUUAAUGUAGGCCCUACAGUGUACGGAGUUGUGCAUUUCACUCGCUCCUACAGGUGGUUUCGGGUCCGAUGUGCUUUGUUGUGUGGGUUGUUGGCUAAGCACUCUUUUGGCUCAGCACUUGGAAGGAGUUAAAGAGACCUGCUGAUGGAAGCGUUGCUCUGGAUUCUGCUGAGGGGGAAGGUGUUAUGAUCUGUCACCAAGAUACCGUCCUUAGAAAGGGAUGAGGCAGGCUGGGUUUGCAAAGAAGCUGGCAGGGGAAGAAGGAAGAAAAGGCAGACCAGAAUCUGUAUACGGCUUAAGGCUAAACCUGCCUUCUCUCCUAAGGCAAAUGGGUGCUCAGGAGAAGCUAGGUGUGGUGGGCAGGCAAAAGACCCUCCCAAUGGCAAGGGAGGAAGGAUUUAACAGGGGAAGAUACUGAGGGAAUCAGGCCUGUGAGAUGAAAUUAUAGCCUGCAAGCCAAGGGGAAGUAUGUGAAAAGAAUGAGGGGGAUUAAUUACCAGGAUAACUUAACUUUCCCACCAAACCAUAAUUAAACUAUGGAACUCGCUUCCACAGGAGGCAGAGAUGACCACCAACUUAAAUGGCUUUUAAUCUCCUCCAAAUUUGUGGAGGAGAGGGCUAUCAAAGGCUACUAACCAUAAUAGCUUUGCUCUGCUUCCACAGAAAUGCCAGUUGCUGUAAAACAAAAGAGGGGAGAGUCCUCUUGCUCUUGGGCCCUGCUUGUGGGUUUCCUACAAGCAUCUGCUUGGCCAGCGUGAAAUCCAGAAUGCUGGACUAGAUGGGGCAUUGGCCCGAUCUUACAUUCAUAUAAAUCUACUCCAUGCCCCAUGAACUGUUUUCUGCAUUAGAAUUUCUAGCUGGAAUGUGUGAAGUCCAGACUGCAUGUGAGCAUGAAUACAGUGCCCUCUCUGCCCUCUCUGCUAGUUAAGCAUAACAUCCCUCCCUCCCACAUAGAACUAAGUAACAAGGCUUGCAGCAUUUUAGGCAGAGUUUCAAGGUCUUGGCAAGAGACAGUUACUCAUAAUUCCAGAGGCAGUGAUGAUUAAGUUCUAAAUGAGAGGUGCUGGAAUUCAGAGUUAGUAUGAAAACAGAUAUCUCUCUCUUCCAAUCCUAGCUGGGUGGGGUGGGGCUAUUCAGUGGUGAAGGGGAAAAAAAUCCUCUGCAUGUGUUCAGAGUUUCUUGCAUCUUAAUGUGGCUUUACAUAGUCUGGGGUUAGGCGCUGGGUUCUUGAACUGAUUUUGAAGGGGAGCAGUUGCCCAGGCAACAAGAGAGGCAAACCCCUCUGAACUCCAGAUGCUGAAGAAAUAUCCUUUGUGCCCAGAUACAAUUAUUAGCUGUGGUGCUAUUGGAAGGAAGCAGACUUGCCCGGUUUAAGGAAAGACUUUGGAAUGGCUACUAGUUUUACUUGGCCCUGCAAUUAAACCCUUUCAGAAUGUCUCUCUCUAUGUAGGUCUGCACUGUCUCUAAUUCAAGGUACCAGGUGGUUGUGAGUUGGAAGUGAUUCAGCAGAAAAGGAGAGUGACUAGGCAAUUUGUCUAGCUGUCCUUAUCAUUGCAUCAUAACAGUAGAGCCUUGUUCUCCCAAGCUUCCCCUCCACCCAGGACGAGGAAGGCAGCCAAUGUCUUUUCAAUGUAACCAUUUUCCAUUCCCACAAAGACUCUACAGGGGGUGUGAGUGGUGCUGUUUGGCAACUGACCCAGUGCUUGUGAUGACUCUAAAUGUGCUGAUGUGUGCUAUAUGUUAGUUACAGAGUUGUUAUCAACUUCCUUGGCUGAAGUUUGGAAAGGGAGGAACCUUAACUCUCCACUGCUUCUUUGCAAACUAAGCUCUCAUAACUAGAAUUUUGAUAGUGGGGUUUAUGUGGAAAUCCAGGGGGCAGGAGCUGAAAUGGCAGAAACUUAAAUGCGAGUCCAGUAGUUUAAUCUCUCCCCGCCCCCCGCUCCAUCCAUUGCAAACUGUUAAGAGAGGGAGGCAGGCAGGCAGGCACUGAAAACUGCCUAUCUGAUCACAUGACUCUGGCUAUAGGGGAUCCUGUCACUCACAGGAUCAUGGAACGGACUCUGAUACCACCAUAAGGAUAAAGUUCAGCAUUUAUGCAACAUAUUGGAAGUUUCAUUGCAGGUUGGAAUAGAGGGAGCUGCCUCAUGCUGAGUCAGUCCAUCUAGUGCAGUACAGGCAUACAGUGGUGCCUCGCAAGACGAAAUUAAUCCGUUCCGCGAGAGUCUUCGUCUAGCGGUUUUUUCGUCUUGCGAAGCAACCCUAUUAGCGGCUUAACGGAUUAGCGCUAUUAGCGGUUUAGCGGCUAUUAAAGGCUUAAAGGCUUAGCGGAUUAGCUGCUAAAAGGCUAUUAAAGGCUAUUAAAGGCUUAGCAGGUUAGAUAAAGGGGGCGAAAAGUGAAAAAAAAAUCUCAAGACUUGCAAGACAUUUUCGUCUUGCGAAGCAAGCCCAUAGGGAAAUUCGUCCCCUUUCGUCUAGCGGUUUUUCCGUCUUGCGAGGCAUUCGGCUUGCGGGGCACCACUGUACCUCGGAAGUCAAACACCUUGCAAGUCGAACGUUUAGGCUCCCGAAUGCCACAAACCUCGAAGUGAGUGUUCCGGUUUGCAAACGUUCUGUGGAACCCGAACGUCCAACGCCAGUCGAAAGCCAUGCCUUGGUUUCUAAACGUUUUGAACGGACUUCCAGAACGGAUUCCGUUCGACUUCCGAGGUAUGACUUUAUUGUCUACACUGACCAGCAGCUACUUUCCAGGAUUCCAGGCAAGGCCCUCUCCCCGGGACCUUCUGCAUGCAAAGCAGGUGCUCUACCACUGAGUUAAAGACCUUCCCCACAAAUUUGAUGAUGGUGUACACAUUAUUUCUUACAACAGUCCCACAGGCUUGGCCGGUAUUAUCUAAUAGUGUUUUUAUUCUAGAGUGUCAGGCUAGGACCAGGGAGACCCAGGUUUAAUCCACACUCUGCUUUGACCGUCAUGGGCUGCCAUUCCCUAAGUGAAACAAAAAGAUGCAAGUGGCUAGUCUUCAGGCUGUGGUGAAAACUCUGCAUGGUUCAAAACUGAAAAGCACUGCUAGGAUAUUGGCAGGUUUUCAGUGAUUUCGAGGAUAGGUGUGUCAGUAUCCUGCUGAACCUGUAUUAUCACCCUUGCAGUGAGAAAGGGAGGCUAAGGGAGAAGGUAUUGCCUUUGGGCCACUAAGUGAGUUCAGGGCUGAUUAUUAAGCCCAUUAUUAAACGUAUUUACUUAGGUAUUAACUCACUUUGCCCUUAAUGCGACCUAGGUUCAUAAUGUAGGGUGGCAGCCUUGUGGAAUCACAGAAUUGUAGAGUUGGAAAGAGACCACAAGAGUCAUCUAGUCCAACCCCCUGCAAUGCAGGAAUCUCAACUAAAGCAUCCAGGACAGAAGGCUAUCUAACCUCUGCUUUGAAACUUCCAUGUGGCCGCCCUUUCUGUUCAUGUUCAGUAUUUGUGUGUGGAGUUAUUUGCAUUGCAUCAGCUCUCGCUUUCGGGAAGUGAAAGCUUUGCAUUUUGCUGAGAAAAACAAGGUGGCCCAUCAGGAGUGACGCCUAGAAACAUGGUAGCAUUUCCUCUGGGUGCUUUUUUGUGAAAAUUUGAACAUAUCCUUUAUCUUUGUGCUAUAGAGACCCUAGUUAUUCAAGGGCUUUUUCCUGCUCUUAUCAAGUCACAUUCUCCUCCAAAGAUCACAGAGUUGCAAAAGUUUGCUAUGGGAAACAGCUGUUUAUCACUGACCCCUUUCAAUGUCUUCCUUUUCCUUUCUUCUACCAACCCCUUUGCUCUCCCUUUCUGCCUGCCUCUGCCCACCCAUGUCUCAACUAAACUAUAUCCCUUCCACAGGACCCAAGGCUGGCUAGGGGGCUGGCUGCCUGCCUGGCGUCCCACCUCCAUGUCCCACCUCAAGAACGUGGAAGCUCGGAUCCUGCAGUGUAAGUAAAGGAGGGCUUGCGGAGCGUCCUCUUUCUCCUUUGUCCAAAAUAGAGACGCUAACUGAUAUCCUAUAGGAUCUGUCCAAAGACCCAUCUUGUCCAGCAUCCUGUUCUCACAGCAGCCACCCAGAGUCCUAUGGGAAGCCCUGCAGGCAGAAACUCAACACAACAGCACACUCCCCUCUUGCAAUUCCCAGCAACUCCCCUCUGACAGUGGAGGGAGAACAGAGUCAUCAGGGUUGGUAGCCAUUGAUAACCUUGCCCACUAGGAAUUUUGCCUGAUCCUCUUUUGAAGCUGUCCUGAGUUGGCAGCCGUCGCAACCUCUGGUUGGGAAUGAUUUCCAUGGUUUAAUGAUGUGCUGUAAGAAGAAGUGCUUUCUUUUGUUUGUCCCAAGUCCUCCAACAUUCGUCUUCCUUGAAUGGCCUCAAAUUUAAGCCAAGACAGAGAGAGAGAAACUUUCCAGAGAAGUUGCCAGGAAAAAAAUGCCAUGGCUCCAUAAUAAUCUUAGUUGGCAAAUAACAAUUGACGGGGGGAGUUUCUGUGGUUUAAUUAAGAUCCACCAAGAAGUGGAAGGGUUUUGUUUCUUACCUUGAACAUCAGUUUUAGGGUAUCUACACCUGGCACCCCAAGGCUCACUGUGGUUGCCUGCCCAGGGCUUCCCUGGUAUUUGUUUUCCCCUGGCCCAGCACUCUUGAGCAAAGCCAGGUGAUUGGGCCUAAGGUGCCAUUUUUAUUUGCCACAAUGCUCCUCAUGUACUUGUUUAUGAGUUGCAUUAGUCUUCCAUUGCAUUAGAAGUACAGUCAAACAAUAGAACAAACAAGUAAAACCAUUUCGAGCCAAUUUUAAAAGCGGGUAAAAACACUUCCAAGCAAAAACAACUCGGUAUAGAUUUACCAGAGUAAAAGAGUUGGAUCUCUUAACAAUUGCCUAAAGAGGUGUGACUUCAGCAUACAUCGGAAGCUGUGUAAUGAAGAUCCUAGAUGCACCUCUGUGGGGCAGGAGUUCCUCAGCUUAUAGGUUACCACAGAGAGAGCCAUUCCCCACACUUCUGAGCGUGGCUGUCAAGAGAGCCCUCUCUGUCAACGUACAGCGUAUAAUACCUGGUAGUAUUGUGAUCCUGAAUAUGAAGAUUUCCCCCCUAGAUCUUAUUGCUCGUAACUAGAGCCACCGCCUGCUUAAAGAAAUCUUGAUUGCUUAAUCAGGUGAGUUUUAAUGGAUCAAUCAGUUUAUACAUGCAUGCAUUUGCACACAGACAAAUGCUUUUUGGAGGAAGAAAAGCUUUCUUUUGUCUAAGCUUCUUGGGUAGAAGAAGCAUUUAACGGAGUGGGGGUGAGAGAAAGUGGAAUGCCUUUUCUAAAACGGAUCUCUGCUGAUUGUGAUCUGAUCUGAAAAUUGCCAUGGGCACCUUGCUAAUCGGUCAGAAGGUUUUUGAAAUGAUUAGCCUAACUGAUGAGUUGACGAAAUCUUUUAGGUAGACCUUUUAGAUAGACGAGAUUUGUAAGCAGGGACCUGAAGACAACAACCAUCUUUCUGGAUGAUUGGCCAUGCUGGGUGGGACUGAUGAUAGUUGGAACCCACAGUUUCCCCUAUAUCCAGGGUACAUCUUUCCUCCCAUCCCAUCAAAUCCCUUUCUGCAGCUAUUAGUGCUAGUGUGCCUCGCAACAUCUGACAGAACCUGGGCCCUGUGGUAUGUAUUGGGGUUUUGGGGAUCCUGGAUAAUAGAUGCCCACCUUCCCCCUUCUCUCUUCCAUCUUCAGGCCUCCAGAACCGAUUUGUGGCCCGAUACAUCUCCCUCCCAAACCAUGCCAAGAUCUGGACCGUAUCACUGUCUCCGGAAAGGGGCAAGGGGCGCACCCCCCUGGUGAUGGUGCAUGGCUUUGGUGGGGGCAUCGGACUCUGGAUCCUCAACCUAGACUCACUGAGCCAACGUCGCCCUCUCCACGCCUUCGACCUCCUGGGGUUUGGCCGCAGUUCCCGGCCCCCCUUUCCCCGGGAUGCCCAGGGGGCCGAAGAGGAGUUUGUGAACUCCAUUGAGGCCUGGCGUCGGGAGAUGGGCAUCCCCAGCAUGAUCUUGCUUGGCCAUAGUCUUGGUGGCUUCCUGGCAGCCUCCUACAGCUUGCAGUAUCCAGAGAGGUACGUUUUGUGGCUUUAGGCAGGGAUGAUGGGAAUUGGACAGGUAGGUCUUACAGAAGUUCCAGAAAGAUCCUAAGGCUAGGACAGCAGAGAGUCUGUAGUAUUGUCAUAAUUUCUAGUGGAAUAGACCUGCCAGUAAUGCCUGUCUUUCUGCCCUUCCCAUCUAAGUCAAGCAUAUAGAUGUUAUUAAGAAGCUGGCCUCCCUGGAGGUACUUAAUUGGGUACCUAUGUAGGCUCUUGGGAUAAAUGUUGGAUGGUAUAUCCUUUGCUGUUUUGAACCAUCUGAGCAUUUAGGUGUGGGAAAUCAGAUACCCAACUAAGUAUCAUAAAUGAAUGAUCCUCGUAAAUAGAAAGCUAGUAUAUCAGAGAAAAGAUCUUCCUAGCAUGCUAUUUUUCCAACAUUAUUAUUAUUAUUAUUUUAUUAUUAUAAAUAAUUAUUAUUAUUUAUAAUAAUAAAAUUAUAAAUUAUUAUUUAUAUAUUAUUAUAUAUAAUUAUUAUUAUAUAUAAUAUUAUUAUUUUAUUUAUUUUAUUUAUUUUCUUUUUCUUUAUUUUCUAAAGAAUUAUUAUUUUCUUUAGCAGUCAGCUGGAUUUGUGACCAGUGUUAGAAACUGAGAUAUGAAAACUAGGAGCUAAAUGACACCAUAAACCUGGGUUAUGGACACAACAAUGAAAUGUCUAGGUGCUCUUUAAAAUAAGAAUACAAAGCUGAAAAUGAAUGAACUGCAGCUAAAAUUUUAUGCUCAUUUUUGGUAUGGUCUAGUCCUUCUCCUGCCCAGUCCUCUAAUAAUCUUAAGAGGGUCUCUUCUCCAGUCUUCAGAGAGCAGCUGAAAGUGGGGAAGCAGAAAAAGGUCCUCCUUUCAUUUCAUUCUGCAGUCUUAAUCUGAAAUCUUAGGUGAAGUACUCACCCAGAGCCCAGAAACGGCUCGUGCUAAUGAAAUUCCCGGUUACAAAAUGUGCCUAGAUUAAACAAUGGAGAUUUCGAACACUGUUUGUGAGUGGCCUCUGUGCGCAUGUACCCUGAAGUAAAUCCCACUGAGUUCAGCGGUGUAGGAUUGUAGUCUUAGGCGGCUUUUCAUGCCUCUCCUGACCCAGGGUGAAACAUCUGAUCCUCGUGGACCCCUGGGGCUUCCCCAUGCGUCCGUCCGACCCGGCUCAGAUCCGCGCCCCUCCAACCUGGAUCAAGGCUGUGGCGACGGUGCUGGGACGGUCCAACCCUCUGGCUGUGCUUCGAGCUGCUGGGCCCUGGGGUGAGUGAAAUUGGCAAGAAGAUUAAACGGAGGGUGCCGGGAGAAUAAGCAGCGGGAUGUGCCAGAAUUGUCACUUGUUCAUAGUAGAAGUGGCCAAGCUUCUUAUCCCUGUUGUUGAAAGUUGCUGAGGCGAGUGGGACCUGCAACAAAAAUGUUAUAGGUGAAAUACUUCUGUCAGGGGUGACAGCCAGCCAUACCCACUUUCAUGAUACUCCAUUGCAUUCCGUUCUCCCUGGUUUUCUGGAUCCCGCACCCCAAUUAGUUAGCAUUCUGUUGCCACCGUAAAUUCUCAGUCCUCAUUGGGCUAUUUUACUCUGCCUUUGAUUAUUUCUAUUUUUCCUUAAAACAUUUUUUAUACUUCUGUAAAUCUCGGGGUUUCCCCAAGCCUGUUGAUAGCAUGCAUUUUGGCUACCUAAGUAUCCAUGCUCAAAGAAUUCUGUUUUCUGGUAUUUAAAAAAAGUGGAUUCCCUUCCUGGAAUACUUCAUGCAUCUGAUGAAGUGGAUUAUCCAUCACAAAAGCUUAAGCCAUAGCACAUUUAUUGAUCUUUAGGGUGCCACAAGGCACUCUUGUUCUGAGCUGUUUCUACCUCUCUUCCUGAAUAUUCCCAAAUUGGGUGACCAUAAUAUCUAAUAUUUAAACAAGUGGGAGAAAAGCUGUUUUCACUUUCUCCAUUCCAUGCAAACCUUCCUUUACUUAUCUUUUUUUUCCUCCUUAAAAAGCAAACAAUCCCAGAAGAUCAGUCCCAUAGAUAUUGGGGGGGGACGUUAUCCUAAGUGCAUAUGGGUAGGUUGAGAUUGCAUGGAUGACGAAAACAUUUGCCUUAGGACGUGAAUCUAGGACACCUAGUCCCAUAUCUCACACACUUGCAGGAUGACCUCAAAUGAGGCAUCACCCACUUCCCUUAGCACUUCCAUCUGUAAAAUGGGCAGAGCUGUGUUUGGAGAUAAACACGGAGAGGAAGCGGUUCUCACAGGAAUCACUUGGGAUGGCAGUUCUUUUGGAGAUGUAAACCUUUUGAGAUCUGCAGACCUACUCGUGGACCCUUGGCAAAGAGGAAGGCUGCUACCCAACUUGAAAAGAGAAAUUCAUUUAUUGCUAUGUUUUUAUUUUUUAUUGGAAGCUCAGGGAAAAGUUUGAUGAGAACCUACUGACUGCAUCCUCCACCCUUUCCUCCAGGGCCUGGGCUAGUGCAACGCUUCCGUCCAGACUUCAAGCAGAAGUUUGCCGAUUUCUUUGAUGACGAUACCAUCUCGGAGUACAUCUACCACUGCAAUGCCCAAACACCCAGGUGAGGGCCUCCACUAUUUCAUGUCCGCUGUCAGAGGCAGAAUGCCUCGGAAUACCAGCUGCUGUGGGGAAUGUGCUGCAGUCCAUGUUCCUGUAAUUAACUCUACUGUGUUUCCAUCCAUGCGCUCCCUCAUUGCAGUGGCGAGGCCGGGUUCAAGGCCAUGUCGGAGGCGUUUGGUUGGGCCCGGCGCCCCAUGUUGGAACGCAUCCACCUGGUGCGCCGCGACUUGCCGAUCACUCUCAUUUACGGUGCCAAUUCCUGGAUUGAUACCAGCACUGGGGAGAAGGUCAAGAUCUUGCGGCCAGGGAGCUACGUCUGCGACAUGGUAGGAACUUUGGCAUGUAGAGAUGGGGAGCAUAGCAUGAUCGUAGCUGUCAUUGCAUUGGAUGUUCCCAGUGUGGGAAUAGAGGCCUAAGUGGAGAAUCCUGUAGCCCAGCAGUUCUCAACCUGUAGGUCUCCACGAUGUUGUUGGACUACAACUCCCAUCAUCCCUGAGCUCUGGCCUUCCUAGCUAGGGGUGAUGGGAGUUGUAGUUCAACAACAUCUGGGGACCCACAAGUUGAGAAAGGCUGCAGUCUAGCCUAAAAUCCUCAGCAUUUUUGCAAUUCAGAUUUCCCCAUCCCUAUGACUUAGGGGGAAAACGUGGCCAAAUUCUAGUGACAGUCAGGAGCUAAAGAGGACUGAGCAUAGAGGGUAGGAGAGUUAGAAUUCCACUUUUUCAACAUACGUGCAUAGGAGAAUGAAUCAGUGGUACCCUGGCUCUGGGCCUCCCUCCCACCCAUAAUCAGGCACUGGAAUCCUUCUGCAUAGUGAUUUCUCCCCAUUCAGUGACAUAUGACGUUUUAACUUCUUCAGCUGCCCUGAAGACCUUGUGGUCAAAAAGCCAGCUAGAAGCACUUCUGAUGUGUAACUCCAAAAUGGUUUUGCUCGAGGCAUCUCAGUAGAGCACUUUGGUGUGUCAGGGUUGGUUGGGGACUGCAGGGAAGCUGUCCUGUUUCAUAUCAGUCAGAUAUGCAGGGCCCUAAGCUCGACUCAUGCACAGUGAGGCAGUCCAUGAGUGGACCAAUAGCAGCAUCAUAAGGGAAGACCAACGUCACACACAGCAGAGCAGGCCAAAGGCAGUCAGGCUUCAAAAGUGCAGAGGUAUUCACAGGGGUCAGUAGCACAAGAGUGGAACAGGAAGCCAGUUGCACACAGCUAAGGAGCUGUGGUGUUAAGCAAUAAACCCUCCGGGUCCGAGUGCUCAUGUAGGCUGAAGGCCCUGACUCAGGUGCAAAUGGUUAGCCCAGACUUCAAGCUUUAUUGCUUUCAAUGAGACACCUUGUUCUUGAAGGCCCCUUAUUCAAGGGGAGGUUGGUUCUUCUGGACCUUUUUUUAAAUUUCACAUUCUUUAUUGAAAAGAAGAAGUACAUACAGUCAUACCUUGGUUCUUGAACGCCUUGGUAUUCGUAUGUUUUGGCUCCCGAACGCCCCAAACCUGGAAGUAAGUGUUCCGGUUUUUGAACGUUUUUCGUAAGCCAUAUGUCCGAUGCGGCUUCUGCUUGAGUGCAGGAAGCUCCUGCAGCUAAUUGGAAGCCUCACCUUGGUUUUUGAAUGUUUCGGAAGCCAAACGGACUAUGUCCAAGAACCAAGGUACGACUGUAAUUACAAGUGCACAAAGUAAGAUGAUACACAAAAAAGAAAAAGAAAAAGAAACAGCACCCCUGUAGAAAACAAAAAAACAGAACCAAAAAAGAAAAAUAAGAAAGUUUAUUAUUGUAGUUAACCACAGCUUAACCUAAGUAUUUAUAAAAAUGAAUUCCAAAUAUUGUUAAAUUUGUCCAUGGCGAGUCCGCGUCUGUACGCAACUUGUACCUCUGGACUUUGAGGGGCAUGCUUUGUUGAUGGGUGGUUGCCUGAGGCUGGGGCGUAUUUCUGUCUCCCCUUCUGAUUCUCCCCCGUGCCCUCAGGCUAUUCCGGGUGCCUCCCACCACGUCUAUGCCGACCAACCCCAUGCCUUCAACGCUGCUGUGGCAGAGAUCUGCGACUCUGUUGACUGACCGCCCGUGACCCAGAAGAGCUGGUGCGACGCACACAAGACACACAACGCACAUGCAAGACAUCGCUCGUGCGCCCCGAGAAGCGGGGACGCCAGCUCCUCAAGAUGGCCGCAAGCUGAUCUUGGAGGAUACUUGCUCCCUUCCCCUCCUUCCCAGAUUUGUCCCUGAAUCUUCAUUCUAACUUAAAGGUUGCAGGCCGCCUGCUUUGGGUUAAUCGAAGCUCCAAUCAUUUUAUUUUCCCCUAAUUUCAUGUGCCUCCUGGUGUGCUUUAUCCUGCCUCCCUCCUCCAAGACAUUCCUCUUUCUGUGCUGCAACAGGACUGUCCUCCUCUGCUACCUCACCCACUUUUCUGACCCCCUUGGCUGUUGGUUCUUCCCAUUCAUUUUGUUUUUGCAAUGCCAUCCACAAUAUUUGCAUGCUGGAAAGCUUUUUUUUUUUUUUAAAAAAAAGAAAAAAUAUUUUCUGUUGCAACCACUGAUGUCACACUGGGGUAACAUUUGCUUAUACCUGCACUCUCUCUCAGGCCAGUGGUUAAAUGUGGAGACUGUUUUUCUCCCUGCCAGAGAUGCUAUUGCUGAUCUGGUCAGUCAAGGCUACUUGGUUUAUAAAGCUGGAGGGAAUAUGAUUAUAUUUCCCUUUGGCAGAUGCCACUUUUAACCUCACCUAAAUCAAGAAGACAGCCAGGAUUGGAGGGGAAUUGGGAUAUGUGUUCCUAUUGCCCCUUUCUCUUUAAGGCGGCGCCGUUCUGUACCGAUAUCCACUUGAAUUGUCAUUGGCUGUGGGAGAGGGCUGUGGUCAUGUCUGCUCACCAAUGGGAGAGCACGAUCAGGGUGUGCACAUCAAGGGAAUCUGAGCCCUUCGUGGGCUGCCAUGCGAUGCUCCAGGCACAAUGCAAAGACAGCAACUUGAGGCAGUCCUAAAUCAGGACAGUAUAAUGAGUUUGGGAAGCGGGGAUGCGGCUAAGACCUCUAGCCACAUCAGAUGGGAUCAAGAAAUCGGGGGGGGGGGCAGUUGUUGCUUGAGCAUGAUUUGCUGGCCCUACUACAUCCUCUCUGAUGCUAGGGGAGAAUCAGAUCACUAGAACAAGGAAACAAUAGGUUGUCCUUCUAAAGGAAGACCUUUUUAGCACUUUUGUGGCAGGGAGGGGAGGCUGAAAACAGCCCAGCACCCUCCAUCAAACACAGAGCAGGCCAGUAUUUGAAGCUGUUUGUAUUCCUCGGCCACAACCAUUUCUGCAAUCUCAUGGUAUUCACAAAUUCUGUUUUUGCCGUUUGUGAAUUGGCCUUUUUUUUAUUUAUUUUUUGCAGGGGCAGAGGAAUUUAAUAUUUUAAGAAAGCUUGAGAAUCCUGACAUAACCUCAGAAGUGUUCGGUUUAUGUACCGUUGUCCAAUUCCGGACGGCAGCAGUCAAAAAUUGCCUAGAGAGGGAGAGAGAGCGAGCAAGCACGGUUGGCUUUCACAGCGCAAGGGUUUUGGGAAUCGCUCCUGCUCUGCUCUCUCACUUGCCCCACCUAGUGGCGCAGGUUGGCACCUAGUGGCGCAGGUUGUGUGACCAUUUACCCCAUGAGAUGGGUUCCUGCCUGCAAAAGAUGCUCCUUUCUUUCAGACACUUACACGUCCACAAUCCCUACUAACUGCCAUCUUGGUGGGAGGGCAGGAAAGAACCCCAUGUUGCCUGCUUUCCUCUUCCUUUUCUAUUUUUGCUGAGAUGUUAGCUGUCUCGAACUCGCCCCCAACUCCCCUGCUGCAUGAGGCAAUGGCUGAGGUGGGGGAGAUGCACUUACUGAAAGGGCAAAAAUAAAAGAAUCUAUCCCGUCUCCUUAGGCCCAUUGGGAGCUGUGGCCUUCUAGUAGCGCAUGCGUGUGUAACCUGCUCGGUGGUGCCAUGUUAACGUUAUCUGUGGGAGGUUGUUCCUAAUCGCCUGCCGGUGCUUUGUAUAGAAUUCACCUCGGUUUGUACUAAAUUUUGUAUGUUUAGUAAAGUAAAACAAAAGUGUUGUUUUGAAA